UUAUUUUCAGAUGUGCACGCCGAUCCAUGCUUCUACGCUUUGCGUCGCUCCAAUGGGGUCAUCAGCUCCAGUAUAACCAACAACUACUCCUUGUACAGUUGCACGUGGAUUAUUACAGCAGAAUCUAACCACACUGUCAAGUUGACCUUUACCACAUUUAAUCUCUUUGAUUAUUUGAUCUAUAGGAGCGAGAUUAAAGUCUUUGAUGGAAAAAGUAAGAAUGAUACCUUGCUGGGUAUUUUUAGUGGAUCUAGACGCCAAUUCGUCGUACGAACAAGUGGUAAAUUCAUGAUGUUAACCUUUAAAAGGUAUCAUGAAUUUGGAUUUUUUAACUUCGAGGGAGUCUACUCUUCAACCUCAAUAAAAGGUGAGCUAUAUAUACCAAGGAAACAAAUCAAAACUUUUCGAAGAAAAUUCUCAGGGUGAAUUAUGAAAAGACCUCAUUGGUUAGAAUAGUUAAGCUAUAACUUAUUAUUCUAUAAUCAUAAAAAACUCCCAAUAAUAACGUCCAAUAUCAGUUUUCUAUAUAGGUAGAUAAAUGAAGAAUGUCUCUCCUACAUGACCUUGUAACAGGGCCUCGUGAAAGAACAAAUGAUUCCUAAUAUUUCGUACAGAAAUACCCUAUCUAUCUAUUCUUAUGUAUAGAAAAUUCCAUCACUGUUUUUUAAUUCGUGCUCACCGCAAUGAAAUAUCCGAGAUUAGAGCGGACAUAACGGACACGGAUAAUUAACGGAUAACGGACAUCCAGAACAUUGUUCUCCAAAAGCACAAAAGGAAUCCUAGGAUACAACUCAUUUACGUCGAGGUAUUGACAACUGAAUAAAGCAUUAAUUUUUUCUUUAACUUAGUUUGUCUUCUCAGAAUAUCUUUAAAAACCUCUGGUAAUAUAUUGUUGUAAAUAAUAUUUUAAGUCGUAUUUCAAGGAAUAGUUUUUCUGUGGUAUAACUCAGAAUCAAUGAAUUAAAGCUAAUGAAAUAACCUGUUUUUAGGUAAGAAAAAAAUUAGUGUAAAGCUUUUACAUACACUUUACACUUCAUUGAUGCUCCCUAAGUGGGCUUUUCAGCUCAAUAGAAUAAAAAAAUACAAAUAUAUAAAUUAAUUGAGAAUGUAAGUACAAUAAUAUUAUAAUUACAAAAUAUAUAUCAAUAAUAUAAUAUAUCAACUUAAUAAAACAUUUGCAAGAUGACGUCUAAAAUUCCUGGGGCAUUUUAAGGACUUAAUGUUAUCAUUCAAGGAGUUCCAGAGUUUGGCUCCUCUGAAAGCAAAGGAGCGCUGCCCUGUUGACAGGCGACAUAAAGGAAUAUCCAAAGCACCAGAUGAUCGAGUUUGUCUAUUAUGGACUUGAGAACGUGAUUUAAACAUAUCAGCAAGAUAGUCUGGAACAAGCUUGUUAAUACAUUUGUGCAUCAUAGUAGCGUCAUUUAGAAUGAGUUUCUCUCUAAUAGGAAGCCAUUUCAACGAUCGCAACCCAUCCGAAAUAUGGUCAUACUUUCUUAGUCCCAGAAUAAUUCGCCCAGCAAAGUUUUGGACUUUUUGUAACUUGUCAAUAUUGCUGCUGCUGGUAUUACUCCAGACAGUUGAACAAUAUUGGAGUUUACUAAAGACAAAUGAAUUUAUUACUAACAGAAGUGUUUUCCUAUCCAGGAGGUGCUUGAUUCUGUUAAUUUGGUACAAUUUAAAAAGGCAUUUAGAGGCAAUCUCAGUGAUAUGUUGGUUAUAACUGAGGCGUGUGUCGAGAAGAACACCCAAGUCCUUAACGACAGGCACCCUGACUAAGAAAAAAUCCUGCUAUUUUUUGAGAUAAUCGAAAUAUCGUCUUGUCAACAUCCCGGUAUGAUCAACUUAUAGUUUCGGUUAUCUAGGCCUAGACUACGAGAAGCCUAUUUUUUUUAGUCUGUCGAGCAAAACGCGCGAGAGAAGAAAAUGGCCUCGCGAGUGACUGAGGGCGCGAGACGGGGGGGCGAGAAAAUUAUCCUUCAAGGUAAGGUGGUUUUUUUAUGGUGUAGAAGUAAAAGUCUACUUACGAUUUCAAGCUGAAGUAGGUCUUUUGACUUUCUUUCAUUUUAACCUGAUAUCACAACCGCGGGAGAUGUCUUUUGAGUAAGUUCGGUUUUCUUUCCAGAAGCUUAUAUGUGUCCAGCCGCGUGGGCGUCAUAGGUGCAAGCUAACGUUCUUUCAAUCUAGACCCCAGAGCUCUUCUGCGCAUGACGGCCUGGAAGGGAAGAGCUUUGAGGAACCCUGGAGCAAGACCGUCUCUGAUUGGUUUCAAUACAAAACAAUAAAGGUGUUUCUGAUUGGUCCGUUCACGUUUGUGAGAAAGUGGGUGAACUCGCGCCGUGCUGAACGCAUGAGCGGGUUUUUCCUGGAAAUGCUGAAGUAAACACGCCAGGCCGAUUCUCGAUUUCAGCGAUUCCAAAGCAACAUCUGUGCGACUAUGUUUUGGUAGAAUAACUAGAUUCAUCAAUUUUUAAAUAAAGUGCGUUAGCUACAUAUCGAAAAUUAACCAACAAAAAGACUUUAUUGUGAAAAAUCAGUGGCGAAUCCAGACCUUCAGAUAAGGGGGGGCGGUCAUCCAGACCCUGAGAUAAGAGGGGGGCCCAGUCUCCCAAAAAAUUUUUUUAGGUCCUAUGGGCCUCAUUUUGGUCGAAAAAUAAGGGGGGGGCGGGACCCCCGGGCCCCUCCCUUGGAUCCGCCACUGAAAAUAAAAUGAACAUGCAACGACACAUUACAAGUAUAAAUGAAAACGUUAGCUUCAUCUGGUAAAUUGUCAAAAAACAGACUUGCAAGUAAAAGGUAAAUAGAAUAUAAAAAUAUAUCGGUGAUGGGUGUCAGAAGAAUAUAUGCUUCUGUGUGUGUACAAUGCGACUAGAAUAGACCUGCAUAAUUAUAGUUGUAUUCGUUUCCCACAAUAUCACAUUUCAAAGUAGCUUUAUUGAAACGUAUGGGGGAAAACUGAUGAAGCAUCUAGAAAUUUGUUCACCGACAGACUACUUGCCAGCGACUGAAGCCUUUUUGUCAUUUCAGUUACCUACUGUUUUAAAAUUAUCGUGUUCUUAAUUGUAGAGCUGCCACAGAAUGAAAUAUUAAAUAGAUUUAGCCAGGGCUAAAAGCGAAUCUCUCGUCACUAUACUUAUACACGCAAUUUACUCACAAAAUCGUGUAAUGCUAAACGGCGACGGGCAUUGAGAACGACAAAAAAAUAAUAACAACAACAACAACAAUAAUAGCACCAACAAUAGGUCUAAUUAGCAAUAAAACAACUUUGCAACUGAAAACACUUUUUUGUACAUUUCUUUGCCGUUGUUGUUCCACGACUAUAACGUGAAACUUUCUAUGUUUUUGCUUUCUUUUUCACUGCCGCUCAUUUUCACCUUACUGGCCGCUAACAUUUCUCAUUUUGUCACCACGGUUAUAAUUCUUUUGUUGUAAAUCAGGGCGUAAUUAUUUAACAAUUAAUGAAUGAGGCUGAGUAUCUUAUGAAGAAUUAUGGAGAUCGAGGAGGGUGUUAUCCGUCCCCAGGUCUUCUCGGUUAACGGUGCCUUAACCUGCACGAACGCCGCAUUUGUAUAUUUUGAAUGAAUAAUAAUAUUAAUUCAUGUCAUGACAUGUAUUAAAGACUUCAGUCCAAGAGACGAUUUCAAUGGCCUCGCGUUAAUAUUAUACACCUGCUUAAAUUAAUUUUUGGUCGCAAAUGGAAAGAAAAAUUUUUAAGAAAAUACCCAGUUCUGGUGAUGGCCAGAAAAGGUAAGGGUAAUCAGCUACAGUCCUGCUCUGAGGCUCGUUGAUCCUUUUUAAACGCCAAGCCGGCUAAAAAACAAACUAACAAACACAAAGAAAACACAAGUCUUCAGAAGCAUUUCAGCCACUCUGACUUGCUGUCUUGAAUAAAAAGUGUUCUUUCAUUACGUUUUGAUUGUCAGUCUUAAUUUCCUCAGUAAUGUGUUGUGAUUUUUGUUCCUUUCGCGGACUGUGUCAGCAUGAUACGCGAGCGAAAUGUUUCAAAAUGAUUUAAGCAUGGCGUGUGAUUUGCGCCUGUGUUUACAAAUUAACCCUUUUUUUCAUUCUCGCCGAAAAGCAAUUCUUCGAUUAUUUUACCGACAGACAUCAUAACUUUGCCAAAAUGACUUAUAUAUUGUUAUUACGUUCUUUUUGUUGUUGCGUUGAUAAUUGUAGUUGAAGCAGUCUAGCGCACAUUUAACGGAAUUAAAAUACACAACACGCAAAGGGGAGUUUGACUUUGCUAGGUCACAUACGCCACUGAAUUUUCUAAAGCAUGUUCUAAACAGCGUUAAGUAUCUCACCUGGUCUCCGUAAUAGUUCUUUCUCGACGGCAAGACGUAAUGAGUUUGCCCACGUUCCUUGUCAAUUAUUUUAACACAACGGAUGUCUCCAAAAGUCAGUCACUCAUUUUAUAGGGAAGAGCAUAACUUUCCUCGCCAUUAAAGACGAACAUUGCUUAUUUCAAUUUAUAGAUAUGCCGAAGAUAAGGAUUCCGUUGUCAGUGAUACGUAGUGUACCAAAGCAUUAUACCUGGUUCAUGGUGGAAGGCACCCCACCCAUUCAAGCUAGGUUAGCCAACUCAUCUACACGUUUGGAGGGUGGAGCAAUGGUAAAAGGACUUAAAUUCACUCAGACGGGAAACUACACAAUUCUGGCAAAAAAUGAUGCAGGAAAUAGCUCCAAAACGGUGGACGUUAACGUCAUGGGUAGGGCUUUGUCUCAAGCUAACAUGUUAAUAUGUCGAGCCAUAUUUCAGCACCACCCUGUGAUACUUGUGUUAUUUUUUGCUCAUAUUCAGCGUCUUUCCUGAUCGAACGAGUCAACUGUGUUGCUUUUGAACUGAACGCACUGAUGGUGUAUUUUUUCAAAGCAGAGAAGACGUUUUCAACAUAGUAGUUUAUAACGUAAUUUAAUAAACACAUUUGGUUUAAAAUUCUGCCCUUACUUUUCACUUGUCGCUAUUUACCUGAGACAAGAUGCAUUGACCUCGCAGAUUGCAGGCAUUUAUGUCGAAGCAGGGGUUUUAUGAAUGGUGCUGGGCAAGUCACCAACGAUCAUGACUGCAGUGGAGGCAAUGCUACAUAUAUCUGGAAGUGUAUACCAACAACAACUACUAAUUUGUAA